AUGUCGAUAGCGAAUUCUGAUACUACAACAUAUCCUAAUAAUUCUUCUUCUACUUUCCUAAAUACAAACCUCGUCGAGAAUGCUAAUUCUCAAGUGAGUUUAAACCCCGCUACUGCACUUGAAAAAUAUAAAAAGAAAGAUUCAAGUAAAGUUGUUGUCCGAUUUAGAGCCAUAGGUAAUGCACCCAUUUUAAAACAAAACUUUUACAAAAUCACCGCUUCUAAUAAGUUUCAAGCUGUGAUUCAAUUCCUGAGAAAGGAACUUAAUUACAAAACGUCAGAUCCUUUGUUUUUAUAUAUUAACAGUGCAUUUUCUCCCGCACCCGACGAGAUUGUGGCUAAUUUGCACAAGUGUUUUAGUACAGACCAACAUCUAAUAAUAAAUUAUUGUACCAGUGCAGCAUGGGGUUGA